AAAAGAAACUAUGUACAGCUCCUGAUAAGGUACUGAGACAUAAGAAGGUGAGAAUGGGCAAGAAGAAAAUAAGUAAUCACCUGAUCAAAGAGCUCUGCAAAUUUAUAAAACCCACCAUCUUUUUGUUUGGUUUUUCCUUUCAAUUCUCCCCUCACAGAGAUAAAGGGAGUGAAGGGUUGAAGGAAGAUAAGGAUUUCUUGGCUUUCCGGUGAGUAGUAACAACUCAGAUCUGGCCGACACUGACUCAGUCCUCCGUGAACGAAGAAUUACGUUAAGAAAAUAAGGCGUACCUUUGCCGGAAGCUGGCUUUUCUGGAGCAAGCUUGAGGGCUAAAUUGGCUCUUCUGCUUGAGUGAAAACCAAUCGAAUGGAUUCCGGCCAACAUGAGGGAAAUCCGGCCUAUGAUCAAGGCGGUUCCUGGAUUCCGGCAACACCCAUGAAGCCCAUUUUACCAAAACCUCCGCCGCAGCCGCUGAUCUAUGCAAGGAUAGACCGAAAUCAGCCACGGUCAUACUGGGUGGGAUCAGAGAGACUCUCAAAUUCGAACGAAGCUGAGACCAGCAGUGGAGUUGCAUGUUAUGGUGAAGCUAAUGGUUCUUACGGUUGGGAAGCAGCUCAGGCUGGGCGAUUCCAAGUGGGCUGUAAUGAUAAUGGAACAGUGGCGAAACCUUCUAUUGACGCAUUAGUAGAGGGCAUUCCCUUUUUGCAGCUAAUGGCACUGGCAGAUGCGGCUUCUACUGUGGGUGCGGAUGCUACAUUGGGUGGAAAUGCGCAUAUGUUCGAUUCUGGCUCCAGCUAUCGAAUUGAAUUGGAGUCUAGCUCUAUGAAGGGUCGUCUCAGUAACUCCUGCAUACCUGAAGCCACAGGGUAUGAAAUAUCUGACCAUUUCCGGCAUGCUUAUGACCUCAAUUUUCGAUCUGGGAUGGAAUCAGAUGCAGCUGCAAUCAGACUUACUUCCCAAUUCACACCUCCAACACCAGAUAUGGGCAAGAGUAAAUAUACAGGAAGAGAGACAGAAGUACAGCAGAUACCAACUGAGAACAGCAGGAAUGAUAGAGAACAGAACCACCACUGUCAUACUUUGAUAACAGUUGAUGGUGAUAACCUGAGAGAAAACUGUAGUACUUCAAUAACAAUUGGCGGGGAAAACCCGAGAGAAAAUAAAGAACUUGAUCCUGCAAUGCACUCAACAAUUACUGCUACCUCUACCCCAGAUGGAAAGGAAGGCAAGAAUGCUGGUAACCUGAAUAAAACCCCACCACCGAGGCAGAGAAGGAGAAAACAUAGACCUAAGGUCAUAAUCGAAGGAAAAACUAAAAGAACAAAGCCAAACUUGAAGUCAGACAGUUCCAAUCCAAGUACGAGAAAGCGUGUCAAGAAAAGUGGACUCAGUACGCCUUCAGCAACUCCCACAAUGCAAGUAACAGGUGAAAUCUCCGACCAAGAAAUGAUCGUGCAUAGAAGGAAGUCAUGCAGAAGGGCCAUAAAUUUUAAUUCUCAGGCACAGACAAGAGACGGAUUCUUCAAUUCAGGGCCACUGGAACAAGAUUCACUCACUCACAACUUUCAAUCAACUACAGGACUAGAGGAAGUGAGGCUUGAAGAAGUAGGCUCUUCCACCGAUCCAAAUUGGCCCACGAAUCAUAUGUUGAAAAGCUACAAGUCUCUGCCAGAAAAACAAGCCCCACCAGCUGAAAUUUCAGCUGAGAAUAAUUCUCCUGAGAGAAGACUGCAUUCAAACAACAAAAUGGGGAACACAGAACAACAUGGUAAAGUAAUUUCCAAUUCCGAAGAAGGAAACAUGGUAGAAACCAUGCUCAAUGAUGGCAAUCCAUCGGUACCAGGAAGUUCAAAUGGUCUUAUCUUCUGCAAGAACUCCAAUUCGACUGCAGGAGAGCAAGCAACUUGUUGCCUGACAAAACGUUCUCAGACCAACAAACAAGCAGAUGCUACGAGCAUAAAUUUAACAGGGGCCCAUUAUAAUGCAUUAUCUGCAUAUCAGUCGAUGUCCUGUUUACACUUUCCCCACAUUCACAAGAAGAAAAGAUCUGAGAAGGGCCAGAACCCAGUCUCCUCUAGUGCAUUUACUAGAACAACUGUAGCCACACAUUUCAUGAGGCCAGAAAAUGCAUGCUCUUUCAAUAAUCCUCAGAGAGAUCACAUGGUAUCAAGAUCCAACAUAGCUGGACCUCAGUUUAAUACUUGUAGAAGUAAAACCGCAGCUUGGCAUGAAGGAAACGACCUUCAGGGUAAGUUGCUAACAUAUGGAGGUAUCAUGGCUUUAGGUCAGACUGAGAGAACAAAAAAGAGACCCAGAACAACCAAACGACUUUCUAAAUUGUCUCCACCAGCAAGAAUUGAUGACUGUGAGAAGCAGCAAAUAUAUCCUACUAAUCAAACUUCUUUGGACAGUUCUGCAAAAAAUAUCAAUAUGUCUCGAACAUGCAUAAAUGGGCUAUUUGAGACAAUGCAUGCAACAGUGGCAAAGAAGAAAAGAACCAAGAAGAAUUUUCCUUCAAACUCAGCACUUCUCAAUAUAAACAAAGAUCUUCAGGACUGCAGAUCUGUAUCCUUCAAUCCUUAUCAAUUCUUUCCCAAAACAUCAGGCACUGCUUCAGAACAUGGCAAUCAAAUGUGCUUUAUUGAUGCCAUAAUCGAACAAUUUAAGCAUUUAGACAUCAACAAGGAAAGCAACAAUUUGGGAUAUAGAGAACGAGCACUUGUACCCUAUAACAUGCAAAAUCAGGCACUCAAUGCCAUUGUCGUUUAUGGAAGAGAAGGAACUAUUGUACCAUUUAAUCCUAUAAAGAAACGACGGCCACGGCCUAAAGUUGAGCUCGAUGAAGAGACUGGCAGAGUAUGGAAGCUUCUGAUGGGAAAUAUAAACAGCGAAGGCAUUGAUGGAACAGAUGAGGAAAAGAUUAAAUGGUGGGAAGAAGAGAGGAAGGUGUUUCGAGGGAGAGCAGAUUCAUUUAUUGCACGGAUGCAUCUUGUUCAAGGAGAUAGGCGUUUCUCUCAAUGGAAGGGAUCAGUCGUGGACUCCGUGGUUGGAGUAUUCUUGACCCAGAAUGUCUCCGAUCACCUUUCUAGCUCUGCCUUUAUGUCUCUUGCGGCACGCUUUCCUCCUAAGCCAAAGUGUCACCAACCAUCAUGCUAUCGAGAGCCAAUUAUAGAGUUGGAUGAACCGGAAGAAUACAUGUUAAAUUUAGAGGAUGGCAUGAAAUUUAACAAACAGAUAAUGCAGCAACAAAUAAGUGAAGAGGGGUCCUUGAUGAAAAAUGAAAUGGAAAAAAGUGAAGGACAAAUAAAUGUUGACAACAUUGAAUCUAGCGGAAGUAAUAUUGAGGAUGGGAGCUCAAACAAGGAGUCAGAAAAGAAAAGUUUUAGUUCAUCUCAUAACAUUCUUGAGACAUGUAGCAAUUCAGUGGGAGAAGUAUCGUUGACUGGAACCAGCCCAAUGCAAGUAUGUCUCUCUGGAGAGAGAGAAAUAUUUGAUUCGUUUUCAUUUCAAGACUGUGUGGAUUCUUCGAUUUCUCAUACCAGUGAGGGCAUUGAACCUUCCUCGGAGGGAAACUCAGAAGAUCUACCAAGCUGUGCCAAAGUGGCACACUUGGACUCUUCCUCAGAGGAGCUUAUUCAGAUGGCAGGACUAAAUACUCUAGAUGCUCAUGUUACAGCUGAUACUUCCGUUGACCAGUCAGAGAACACCACAAUCAAUAAAUUAGCAGGAAAGAAGUGUGACAAUGGAAUAGAUAGCACGUUCCAAUCAGAUGAACAGGAAAUAUUCAUAAAAGAUUCUGUCAGUCAUUUAAGUGGCUAUCAAAUGCAGCAAAACCACACCUCGGAAUCCUUGGAGGCUGACUGCUGCCAGACGCGCAAUGGAGUUAAAACUUCUAAUGAUUGCCAGAACAAGGAUGAACUUUUUCCUACUGAAGAAAGUACACAGACUGUAGAAUCUGACAAUCAUGCUAACGUUGAAGUAGAGCUCAUGGCAAAUAUCCACGAAGCACCAUUGUCUAGUAGUGAAUUAAGCAUUAAUGCAAAGGAGCCAAGCUUGACCUUACAGUCUCGAGGCAGUGUGAUCGAAGACCCUCAAAAUGUAGAGUCGCCAGCAGAAUGUACAGAUAAUGUGCGUAAAAUUCCACCAAAUAUUUCACCAAAUGCUACAGAAAUAGCAACACAGUCGAAUCCAAAGGAGUAUGACCAUUCGCUUAGUAACGAAUUCAAAAAGAUGAAACCUGAUACUUCAAAAUCUCCGAGAAAACAAGGUGCAAAGGAGAAAGAAGGGAGCAUUAAUUGGGAUGACUUACGAAAACAGGCAGAAGCCAACAGAAGGACACCACAAAGAACUGAAAAUACAAUGGACUCAUUGGAUUGGGAAGCUAUAAGAUGUGCUGAUGUGAAUGAAAUUGCACACACCAUCAGAGAACGGGGCAUGAACAACAUGCUUGCUGAACGAAUCAAGGAUUUUCUAAACCGACUGGUGAAAGAUCAUGGGAGCAUUGAUCUCGAAUGGUUAAGGAAUGUUGCACCAGACCAAGCAAAAGAAUAUUUACUAAGCAUAAGAGGAUUGGGACUAAAAAGCGUGGAGUGUGUGCGACUUCUUACUCUUCAUCAUCUUGCCUUCCCAGUUGACACAAAUGUUGGACGUAUAGCUGUACGACUGGGAUGGGUACCCCUUCAACCAUUACCAGAAUCCUUACAGUUGCAUCUUCUGGAAUUGUACCCUGUGCUGGAGUCAAUCCAGAAGUAUCUAUGGCCUCGGCUUUGCAAGCUUGAUCAAAGAACACUGUAUGAGCUGCACUACCAAAUGAUUACGUUUGGAAAGGUCUUUUGUACAAAAAGCAAACCAAAUUGUAAUGCUUGUCCAAUGAGAGGAGAAUGUAGGCACUUUGCAAGCGCAUUUGCGAGUGCAAGGCUCGGUCUUCCAGCACCAGAAGAUAAAAGAAUAGUCAGUACUACUGAAAGCAGAGAACUUAACGAUAACCAAGCCAGAACAAUCGACCAACCAAUGCUGUCCCUCCCUCCCCCAACAUUAUCACCUGAUGAAAUCAAGCUAUCAGAAUUAAGCCAUCAAUCUGGUAAAAUGACUGCAACUGGUACGUGCAUACCCAUUAUUGAAGAACCUGCAACACCAGAGCAAGAAAGCACCAUACAAGCUGCAAUCAGCGACAUUGAGGAUGCCUUCUAUGAAGAUCCUGAUGAAAUUCCUACAAUAAAACUAAACAUUGAGGAGUUUUCUUUGAAUUUACAGAACUACGUUCAAAAGAACAUGGAAAUUCAAGAAGGUGACAUGUCAAAAGCCUUAGUUGCACUAACCCCAGAAGCUGCAUCCAUUCCCAUGCCCAAACUUAAGAAUGUCAGCCGGCUGCGAACAGAGCACCAAGUCUAUGAACUUCCAGAUAACCACCCUCUUCUUGAAAAGUUGAAGUUAGAUAGAAGAGAACCAGAUGAUCCUUGCUCGUACCUUUUGGCUAUAUGGACACCAGGUGAAACAGCAAAUACCAUCCAACUUCCAGAAAAAAAGUGCGGUAAUCAAGAACAUCAAUUGUGUCAUGAGGAGGAGUGCUUCUCAUGCAACAGUGUCAGAGAAGCUAGCUCCCUCAUGGUUCGAGGGACUCUUUUGAUACCAUGCCGAACGGCAAUGAGAGGAAGCUUUCCACUGAAUGGUACCUAUUUUCAAGUCAAUGAGGUAUUUGCGGAUCACGAGUCAAGCCUCAACCCAAUAGAUAUUCCUAGGGACUGGAUAUGGAACCUUCCUAGGCGUACUGUGUAUUUUGGGACCUCCAUACCAACAAUAUUUAAAGGUUUAUCUACACAAGGCAUCCAACACUGUUUCUGGAGAGGAUUCGUCUGUGUAAGAGGUUUUGAUCAAAAAUCAAGGGCACCCCGACCUUUGAUGGCCAGGCUUCAUUUUCCAGCCAGCAAAUUGAACAGAGGAAAGGGUAAGACAGGGGACCAAUAAGAGGAGGUGAAGCCCAAACCAGGAUGGCACGAACAACAUAGCAGUAAGAAAAGAAACAUUUAGUGACACCGCAUCCAACCCAUGGCGAAUAAGUUAGUAUCCAUUUGUAAAUUCUUGUCUUAUACGUGAUUAACGGGAUUAGAAUUAGUCAUUUCAGGCACAAAUCCGAACCAUUCAUAUCGACCAACACUAGCCAUGAAUUAUUUACUAA